AUGUUGCACGACGUGCAACGCAUACUAGGCAUUGCUAUUGAAGGCUCUCUGCCGGCUGAGCCUUCUGAGGCGGAGUGGCAGGUCGGUAUCAAAAAUCUUUUUGGGCAGCCUAUGUCUGAGCUACGGCGUAGGGGUACGUUCACCAGCGGCUGCGUGAACGUUGCUGAACUGAUGCAGCUAUGUCAUAGGUCCCAGGCCAUUGAUACCCAGUCGACAACCUACUAUAUGGCUAUCAUCGGCUCUACCUUGCUGGCUGAUAAGACCAGGACCCGCAUGCGACCUCACACGAUAUUUGCCGUGAACGCUGAUCAGGAUGAGAUUGCCUGGGGUGCAGUGACGUUGGCCUACUUGUAUUGGCAGCUCGGAAUGGCAUCUAGGGCUGGUUGCAAGACCAUUGUGGGUUGUCUGACAUUGCUGCAGACAUGGAUAUAUGAGUACUUUCCUGCUUUCUGCCCUCAUCCUUGCCGAGCAGACGAACCAAACAAGACUAGGACGGAGAUGUGGUCGACGAAAAAGCCAUGUCGUGAGGUGGACAGGCUGAGGGAGUGCCGUUGCAUACUUGACUCCAUGACGGAGACUCAGGCAUGGAGUAGGUUCCCCUUUAGUGCCCGCAUUGGUGAGCAUGCACUUUGUUGGGCAUGUGUUCCAUCGGAGGUUGAACCUAGUUACGUUGACUGGUUCAGCGUGUGCUUGCACCCCUUCAUAGUCCCCAGCGAAGGACCGACUGCUGGUCCUCGUCGAACGGAGAGCAGAUCUGAAUAUUUUCUAAAUGAAUGGCCCAGUCGAUUUGCUCCAUUGGCAAGAUUACCUCCCGUCGUGGAAAUGAACCCCCGGCAACGACAUGCCUUAGAUGUAUACCUUAAUGAUUGUAAAGAUUGA